CUUCCUUCCCUACAAUUCCACUUAUCGCGCCGUGGUUCCUUUUUGACACGAAAGAAGCUUGGGAAUCAGCUUCUGAACAGUUUCUGUACAGUACAGCCCGUACUGUACAUUUAGUUGUACGUGAGACUUUUGUCACCGCUCGAUCGGAGGCUGAGGCUUUUGGUCAGCUCAGCUCAGCCUCAGUUGCUGGCCUUGCAUUUGUGAAUUUCAAUAGCAGCUGACUCGUCUGAUCCCUGUCAGAUCUAACCUCAAAGAUACAUCUUCCCAUCUUGAUUCUCUCCCUUUUGUCUAGUCUUCCGCCUCCGCCUUCCUUCGAUCGUCCUUGAUAUAGCUGGACUCCUUCGUCAACUGCCUCGCUGCUCAAAUUUCUCAAUUCAGUCAGAGAUCCGUUUACACUACCUUUCUCGAAGCAAUAUACUUUUCCUUCUCCGACUAUAAUGACCACUAUUUCGCACCACAUGAUGGAGGACUCCCAGAAGAGGCCGAAGGGUAUCCUCAAGAAUUCUAGUGGCUCGAUUCCGCAGAUCGCACAAGUUCAUGACACCUUGACCGUUCCGCAGAACGACCCCGACGGGGUGGACACUAAGGAGCUGACGCUGCAAAACACUCUACAAAAUGCCGGUCGCCGUCGCUCUACCUCGAACACGCGCCCGGGAUCAUCGUCUCGGCGACAAUCAUUGGCGCACAUCCACGGUCAACCGGAAGAGAACUCGCCGCGCUUGAAAUGGGACGAGGCCAACUUGUACCUGACCGAACAGGAGAAGACGGCCAAGAUGAAGAUCGACGAGCCCAAAACUCCGUUUGCACCCCACUACGACCCUGCUGAGGACGAGGAGGAGCUCGAGGCCGAGAACACUUUGAUUGAUGCGCAAGGAGUGGUGGUAGAUGAAUUGGACAAGACCAUGAAAGCACCCAAGAAGGGAGUGGCCGAGGAUGAAAUCCCUGAGUUGGAGUUGGGCGAGCCGGAAGACUCAUUUCCUGGGGAUGCGCACGCUGGGGCUGAUGACCGAAUUGUGCGCGAGCGGAGCUUGAGCAACGAGUCGCACCGAAGCAACAAGCAUGUGGUGAUGGGUGCGGGCGAGGCGAACGGGGAAUAUCAGUCCGGGCCCGAUGGGCUAAUCACGUCGCAAGAGGCCGCAGAGAAACAUCGUCAGUUUGAGCAGCACCGGAAGAAGCACUAUGAGAUGCGCAACAUCAAAGAACUCCUGGCCCAUCCCGAGGUGGAUGAGAUGGAUGAGGACGAGGACGAAACGGAGGAGGGAUCUUCAGCCGCCGCGGCGCCACCGCCCAUGCCCCCGAUCCCAACGCAGUUUCUUAACGGCACCAGAUCUGAUUAG